CACUACAUCAGUUGAUGAACUGUGACAUUGUGGACGAUGCCGCGACCAAAACGGACAGCACCACCACCGUCACGUUUAGCGGACAUAGACACGGAUCAUGCCCAUGAUGGAGUACAGCCAAGUAAGCGGCGUCGAGGGGCCAAAUCGUCUACCAGAUCAAGUGGUCAAGAAUCGUCUCAAGACAGAACGGUUCCGAGCGAUGCUUCCCGGGGCAGCGAGCACGAUGACUCCUUUACCCAUCCUCCCUCAAAUCUGGUAGGCCAGGAGAUGGCUCGCUUGCUGUCGGCGGCUUUCUCGCCUCACACUCAUAGGGCAUAUGCAUCGGGUUGGAGUGCCUUUUGUAGAUUUAGAAAAAACAUACGAACAAAUUUGCCCGCUUCUGUAGCAGAAACUAGAGAGUUCAUUGCUUGGUUAUCCUUACAAGGUUUGGCACACGCCACUAUUACCACUUACGUAUCUGGGGUUGGUUAUUAUCAUAAAAUUCGGGGGUGGCCUGACCCUACUAAAGAUUUCAUUGUUUCUAAACUCAUGCACGGCUGUCGCAGGGAUCGCAACAGGGUCGAUGAACGCCUGCCAAUGUCUCUACCGUUGCUUGCCCAAAUUAUUGAGGCAUUUACACAUGUAUGUUCCUCACAUUAUGAAGCUACACUCUUUAAAGCUGCAGUGACGUGUGCAUUCUUUGGCUUCAUGCGCUUGGGUGAAUUUGCUGCCAUUUCAAAGACCAAGUUACAAGAAUCUCUGUUGCAUAUUUCUGACAUUGAGUUUUGUGACCUGGCAUCAACCCAGCAAUCAGUGGUGAUUUCUUUUCCAUACAGUAAAAACAAUAAAACUGGUGCUCCACAAAGGGUUAAACUAGUCACCACACAAAACUCAGCACUGUGUCCAGUAAUGGCCUUGCAGGGAUAUAUAUCAAUUCGCCCCUCAGGCCAUGGCCCUCUUUUUUGUCAUUUUGACGGGUCCCCAUUGACCGCCUACCAAUUUAAUGCGGUCCUCAAAAAGGCAUUGACUUUCUGUGGGAAAGGAGACUUGCAUUAUCGCCCCCAUUCCUUUCGAAUUGGGGCGGCAACUACUGCAUAUGAAUUAGGUGUUCCAUCAACUGACAUUCAACAAAUGGGACGUUGGCGGUCAGACGCAGUAUUGACCUACAUUCGCCCCAUGCCUGUGGUCACUAUCCCCCCUAUUUAAAACAAUUUAUGGCGGCCCACUCUUUGCCUUAAUCUGGUUUUCAUUGUAUAUUUGUCUUCACAGGCCCAGUAUGGAUCAUUGGGGAUUCAAUAAUACGCUGGGCGGCGAGACCCCUAGAGGUUAAUAUACCAGUACUGUGGCAUGGCAAGAGCGGCGCCGGUAUCGGUGAUCUCCCAAAUUUAUUACACGUUAUGCAGGGCCCACCUCCUUCAAUUAUCAUAGUUCAUUUAGGUACCAAUGACCUGGGCAAUAUUGAUUUUUUCUCAAUCCGACAGAGGUUAGUGAUUUAUAUGCAGUGUUGUCGGGAACUGUACCCCCACGCCACAUUACUUUGGUCAGAGAUCUUGCCAAGGGCUUUUUAUUUUGGAGCCAACCCCCAGGAGGCCAUGGACAGGCAAAGGCGGUCUGUCAACAGGUGGGCUCGUUCUCGUUGCGGCCGCCUUGGUGCCUUCUCAAUAAGGCACAAUCAAUUUAAUCGGACAAGUUUCAAUCUUUACAGACGUGAUGGUGUCCAUCUGUCUCCUGAAGGGACCCUGAUUUUCAGGGCAAACCUUUGCUGUGCCAUUAGGCAAUCUCUGCAGCCGCAGGUGGGGUAGGGGUAUAGACAAUGGGUGUUUUCUUCCUUGGGCCGCGCUCUGCGCGUGUGGCAUUUUUUGAAGCGGAUAAAACACCCCAUGGUUCAUUAAUGAUUUUUUACUCCUGCCAUUACGAUUUUGUAAAUAAUACUUAGGUUAAACAAAGCACAGUGUGCAACAUUAUGUAAGUAAUUUAAUGAGUAGUUAGUAUUUUAUUGUUGCUGUCAACAUGUCUUCCCCUGAGUCAGUACAACAGGGGAGGAUGAACCGUUCCGUCUUCUGUAAGUUCAAACGAAGAAAGAACGGUGCAUCAAAAUCUUUUGUGGACUUGGCAUACAAUGUAAUUGUACAUAGAAACAAUUUAUCAUAAGCUUUGUGGUGAUAUAAAGUUUACUGGCGGUUUCUUAAUAGAUUUUCAGUUCGGCCUAUCGUAAAUAGGUCAUUUAUUGCAUUGAUGAUUGAGCUGUGGUGCUCCGAGUCAAAUGGUGCUUGGAGCUGCCCUUGGGCCUUUGUGGGUGCCCAAAAAACGGAAGAGCUAUGGUCUCCAAGUCAAAUGGUGCUUGGAUGAGCUAUUGGUGCUCUGGGCCUUUGUGGUGCCCAAAAUGUGAAUAUUGACAAUAAUAAUAGUGUGCUACAUGGAGGAUGGGUCGGCUGCCCAGAUUUCGGUACCCGACAUUUUUUGAAUAAAAACCUUCUGGCUGAGGCGUAGACACACAAAUUUUCUGUGUUGUUUGUGAUUUUUAAUUUGUCUGGUUAUAAUCAAUUUUAUCACUAAAUGAUCAAAUUAUUUAUAAGCAGCAAAAUUUCCAUUGAUCUUCUCCUGUUGGUUAUUUUAUAUGUGUUUUGCAAAAUGUAGGCUAACUCCAUGCACACACAUCUCGAUCACUGUGAAUGCAUUUCAUACUGUACUUUCGUAUGAAGAACUUUGUACAUGAAACCCUAUUGACAAAUUUGUGACAAAAGUGAGAUCCUGUAAACAGGAGAAGAGCCAAUCAACAGCCACGAAUUUUAACCAAUUGCUGAGAAGGCUUGGAGGGGCAACCAACCAAUAAGAAUUCUUGUUCUGUGACACUUGGCAAGGCCUGGCUGGGCCAAUGAGACGUAGGGUUGGUUCUUGACAUUCUAGAAGUAGAAAGUUUAGGCGGGAUGGAAAAGUUGCUGGCCAGUCACUUUUGUCUCAGCCUCUGAACAAACAACUUGGAUAGCAAAUUUUACUUCACAUUUUUAAUUCUCCGCCACCUUCCCCUCCUCCUCCAUGGCAUUUUUUGAAGCGGAUAAAACACCCCAUGGUUCAUUAAUGAUUUUUUACUCCUGCCAUUACGAUUUUGUAAAUAAUACUUAGGUUAAACAAAGCACAGUGUGCAACAUUAUGUAAGUAAUUUAAUGAGUAGUUAGUAUUUUAUUGUUGCUGUCAACAUGUCUUCCCCUGAGUCAGUACAACAGGGGAGGAUGAACCGUUCCGUCUUCUGUAAGUUCAAACGAAGAAAGAACGGUGCAUCAAAAUCUUUUGUGGACUUGGCAUACAAUGUAAUUGUACAUAGAAACAAUUUAUCAUAAGCUUUGUGGUGAUAUAAAGUUUACUGGCACUUUCUUAAUAGAUUUUCAGUUCGGCCUAUCGUAAAUAGGUCAUUUAUUGCAUUGAUGAUUGAGCUGUGGUGCUCCGAGUCAAAUGGUGCUUGGAGCUGCCCUUGGGCCUUUGUGGGUGCCCAAAAAACGGAAGAGCUAUGGUCUCCGAGUCAAAUGGUGCUUGGAUGAGCUAUUGGUGCUCUGGGCCUUUGUGGUGCCCAAAAUGUGAAUAUUGACAAUAAUAAUAGUGUGCUACAUGGAGGAUGGGUCGGCUGCCCAGAUUUCGGUACCCGACAUUUUUUGAAUAAAAACCUUCUGGCUGAGGCGUAGACACACAAAUUUUCUGUGUUGUUUGUGAUUUUUAAUUUGU